ACAAAUAUAUAGAUAUUUCAAAGUUUCGUAGGUUUUAAGUUCAUGGAGAUGAUGAAAAGAGAAAGAAAAGAAAGAGAACAGGAGGAAGAUGAAAGUGUAUACAUUACAGGUUUAUUCACAGCAGGAGUGGUUGUUUUAAUGGCGGGUCUAAGACGAGCAUUAGUGGUUUUUCUAGUCGAGCAAUGGCGAGAAUGGGUUUUCCUACUCCUAAAUCUUGUCCUCUUAGCCAUUGUUUUCACUUCCACCAGCACCAAAUCAGGUCAGGAAACUCAAGAGAACGCCAAGAAGGAUGAAGUUGAAAUCCAAAUGAAGAAAAAAGCCCAUUUUGAAGAACCCAAAAUUUGCCAAGAGUUGAACAGAAAGAGAAGAAGCUGUGAAGGUGGAGGUGAAGGUGAAGUUGAAGGAGAGCAUAAACUAUCAAAGGAGGAAUUGAAUGAGAGAGCUGAAGCUUUCAUUGCAAUGUUUAGGCAGCAUUUGGUUUCUGAUGCAAGAAAAGGCCUUCUUCUAUCAAGAACCAAACAAGAAAACAAGAGAGCUGAGUAUUUUGUUUUGGAGAUUUAGAGCCUAAUUAAUUAUUCCAUUUUAAUAUUUUUAUUAUUAGAAACUGCAAUUCAAAUUGCAUACUCGUGGGGAGCAGGAAUGUAGAUAUACUUUUGAGUAUGUUCAAAUCAUCAUUUAUUUUUCUUAAAAGAAAAUUUCGAGUCAUUUUGAUGA